UGGCCUCACCAACCCCUCGUCUUACCUAACCCCUUCUUUCCUUAUAAAACGUCAAAAUUCGCAGUUAAAUCUAACGCCGUCAAUUCACCCACUGCACACACUCCACCUAACGCCCCCCGGCGGGGCCCAAUUCUUCAGCCGCUACACCAUCACCGUCACCAUUCUAUAAAUCCCCACUCAAUCACCAGUGACUCCCAGCAACACCCACCACCAGUCUCUUGUCUCGCCAUCCCUCAACCGCCCUUUUCUUUCACCUGCGCCAUGGAUCUUCUCUUCCUAGAGAAGACCCUUUUAGCUUUAUUCUUCGCGAUUAUAGUCGCCAUUGUUGUCUCUAAGCUUCGAGGCAAGCGCUUCAAACUCCCUCCUGGACCCAUCCCAGUACCCGUAUUUGGAAACUGGCUUCAAGUCGGCGAUGACUUGAACCACCGAAACCUCACCGAUUUGGCAAAAAAAUUCGGAGAACUCUUGUUACUCCGAAUGGGUCAACGAAACCUCGUUGUGGUCUCAUCUCCAGACCUUGCCAAAGACGUUCUUCACACCCAGGGGGUGGAAUUCGGGUCAAGAACCCGAAACGUGGUGUUCGAUAUCUUCACCGGAAAAGGUCAAGACAUGGUGUUCACCGUCUACGGCGAACAUUGGAGGAAGAUGAGGAGGAUUAUGACUGUACCCUUUUUCACCAACAAGGUUGUCCAGCAAUAUAGGCCAGGGUGGGAGGAAGAGGCGGCGCGUGUGGUUGAGGACGUGAAGAACAACCCAGAAGCGGCGAAGAAUGGGAUUGUUUUGAGGAGGAGAUUGCAACUUAUGAUGUAUAACAAUAUGUAUAGGAUUAUGUUUGAUCGGAGAUUCGAGAGUGAGGAUGAUCCGUUGUUUGUGAAGCUUAAGGCCUUAAAUGGAGAGAGAAGUAGGUUGGCUCAGAGCUUUGAGUACAACUAUGGUGAUUUUAUUCCCAUUUUGAGGCCUUUCUUGAGAGGGUAUUUGAGGAUCUGCAAGGAAGUGAAGGAGAGAAGGUUGCAGUUGUUCAAGGACUAUUUCGUUGAAGAGAGAAAGAAGCUAGCAAGCACAAAGGCGAUGGAUAAGGACGGUAUAAAAUGCGCCAUAGAUCACAUUCUUGAAGCCCAACAGAAGGGAGAGAUCAACGAGGACAACGUUCUUUACAUUGUUGAGAACAUUAACGUUGCCGCUAUCGAAACAACACUAUGGUCUAUCGAAUGGGGCAUUGCAGAACUUGUUAACCACCCUGAAAUCCAGAAGAAACUGCGCCAUGAGCUUGACACUGUGCUUGGACCUGGACACCAAAUCACCGAGCCCGACACCCUGAAACUCCCCUACCUUCAGGCUGUGGUCAAAGAGACCCUUCGCCUCAGGAUGGCAAUUCCUCUUUUGGUGCCUCACAUGAACCUACACGACGCCAAACUUGGUGGGUAUGACAUCCCUGCUGAAAGCAAAAUCUUGGUCAAUGCUUGGUGGCUCGCCAACAAUCCUGUUCACUGGAAGAGCCCAGAAGAGUUCAGGCCAGAGAGAUUCUUGGAAGAGGAGUCUAAGGUUGAGGCCAGUGGCAAUGACUUCCGGUACCUUCCAUUCGGGGUCGGUAGGAGGAGCUGCCCUGGAAUUAUUCUUGCUCUGCCUAUUCUUGGCAUCACUUUGGGGCGUCUGGUGCAGAAUUUUGAGUUGUUGCCUCCUCCAGGACAGUCAAAGGUUGAUACUUCAGAAAAGGGUGGGCAGUUCAGUUUGCACAUUCUGAAGCAUUCCACAAUCGUUGCAAAACCAAGAUCAUUUUGAGUUUGAUUUACUUUUGUAUUCCAAAAGUUGGGUUGUGAACCAAAUUUCUUCAUAUGUUUCUAGUGUUUGUUGUAAAUCCAUGGAUUUGUAUGGAUAAUUUAAACUUAAGUGCUCUCUCUCCGUUUCUCUCGCUCAUUAAUUUCUUGAAGUGGGCAAUCUUCAGUAGUAACUCUACAAUUAAGGUCACGAAUCUUGCCAUGAGUGUUCUUGGUGUGCCUUUGUGUUGCC